AUGGUUGGAAUGACGACCCUUAUUUUAGCUGGCUGCACCCGUGUCCCGAGUGACGGCCUUGGCCAUGUCCAGAGCGACAGCCUUGAUUACGACCUGGUCCCACCCAUGGCCAGAGUGGCGUCCGCACCCAUGGUUGGAAAGACGACCCGGAUUUUAGCCGGCUGCACCUAUGUACUGAGUGGCGGCCCUAGCCAUGUCGUGAAUGACGGCCUUGAUUGCGACCCGGUCUUACCCAUGUCUAGAGUGAUGGCCCUGCCUUCGAUCGCAGCUAGUGCAACCGUGGGCGGUGGAGGGACCACCUAG